AUGGACGAUCUCAGUGAAGAAAUUCCCACCGGCGAGAAAGCAGUCGACAUGAGAUUAUCCAAAUUGACAAAGAGUUUAUUCAUCAUCCCCAUCGCUAUCACCAUCGACGUACCUCUGAUAACCGGCGUUGCUCUAUGGAAGAGUCCAUACAUGCUGAUUAUCAGAUGGAAGAGACUAUUAGAAGACUUAAUCGGGAGAGAAGGCCCUUUUCUGGAAACUGUUUGUGUGCCUUUCGCCAGACUUGCCAUCGUCUUAUGGCCUUUAGCAGUCGUUGGAGCUGUAAUCGCGUCUCUCUUCUCCAGUUUUGGUCUUGCUCUAUAUAGCGCCAAAAAACAGAACCCAUCCCUAAUUCCAAAUUCUAAACAUAAAGUCGCUACAUCUGCUUUUCUUUUUCAGGAAGAUUCAAUUAAGUUUGGAUUUGCGUACAUCGUGGCUGUGGUUUCAUUGUUUGAUGAUGUAACGCCCGUGUUUCAGGGCUAA